AUGAGCGGCUGGACGUCUCCUCGCGCUCUCCUGACCUCCCUCUGCCUCUUUCUGCUUUUGCACUGCUCAGGCGCUGCGUCGACUUUCGAGGUAACGCUGCUGCACACCAACGACAACCAUGCACGGAUCGAGGAGACCAGCGAGGACUCGGGGAAGUGUCUAGACGGGGGUCCGUGCUUCGCCGGGGUCGCCAGAAGGUUCACCAAAGUGUCGGAGAUCCGCAAAAAGGAGAAGAACGUGCUGCUUCUGGAUGCUGGGGACCAGUUUCAGGGGACUAUCUGGUUCAACUACUAUAAAGGUGCCGAGGCAGCAUACUUCAUGAAUAAACUCGGCUAUGACGCGAUGGCUUUUGGAAACCAUGAGUUUGACAAUGGAGUGGAGGGUCUGAUAAAGCCCUUUCUCCAGAAUGUGAGUUGCGCUGUGGUGAGUGCCAACAUAAAACUUGACCAGACUCUAGAUGCAACCUUCAGCAUCCAGUACCAGCCCUACACACUCCUAGAUGUUGGCUCAGAGAAAGUGGCUGUGGUCGGCUACACCACUGCAGAAACCCCACUCUUAUCCCAGUCAGGCCCACACCUACAGUUUGAGGAUGAGGUGCAGGCACUUCAGAUUCAGGUCGAUAAGCUGAGAACCCUGGGUUAUAAUAAGAUCAUCGCCCUGGGCCACUCUGGCUUUGACGUAGAUCAAGACAUUGCCAAGCGUGUGAGAGGAGUCGACGUUGUUAUUGGAGGACACACCAACACUUUCCUCUACACUGGAAAACCACCAUCCACUGAAGUACCUGCAGGUCCGUACCCUUUUAUGGUGAGGUCUAACAAUGGGAGAGAUGUGCCGGUGGUCCAGGCCUUUGCCUUUGGGAAGUACCUGGGAUACUUGAAAGUUACCUUUGACGAGGCCGGGAAUGUGGUGAAGGCUGUUGGGAACCCCAUCCUGAUGGACAGCAGCAUACCUCAAGACCCAGACAUCCUUGCUGACAUUGAGGAGUGGAAGAAAGGUUUGGCUCAGUACUCCUCGAAGUAUGUCGGACAGACCUUAGUCUACCUCAACGGGACGUUUGAAGAGUGCCGAUUUCGGGAGUGUAACCUUGGAAAUCUGAUCUGUGAUGCUGUGAUCUAUCACAACAUCAAGUAUUCAAGUGAGCCGCAGUGGAAUCACGUGGGGAUAUGUAUGCUGAACAGUGGGACCAUACGGUCAGCUAUAAGCGAGCGCUACAGGAAUGGUACCAUAACUAUGGAGGAGAUCCUCACCGUCUUACCGUUCGGAGAGACCUAUGACUUGGUCCAGAUAAAGGGAUCGACAGUGAAAAAGGCAUUUGAACAUUCCGUUCACAGAUAUGGGAGCAUGUCUGGAGAGUUUCUACAAGUCUCAGGUAUUCACGUUCAGUACGACCUCUCCAAACCAGUGAACCAGCGUGCAGUGUCCAUUUCGAUGCGCUGCACUGAGUGCCGUGUGCCCAAGUAUGAACCAUUAGAUCUGGAGAAGCUGUACACUGUGGCCAUGCCUUCGUACAUGGUGGGUGGAGGUGAUGGCUUUAACAUGAUCAAGGAUGAGUUACUGAAGCAUAACACAGGUGACAUGGACAUUGCUGUCUUCUCCAAAUACAUCUCAGACAUGAAGCGUGUUUACCCCACAGUGGAAGGCCGGAUCACGUUCAGGAACUCGGCUGUCUUCACAGCCCACAGCCUCGGUUUGAUGCUGAUGGGUUUAUGGCUGUCCCUGACCCUCUGAUUGGCUUUGUACACUUUGAGAAACUGUGACAGACUGAAGGGCAUUUUGGGCUGCCUGUGAAUUCCUCUGGGACUUAGUUAACGGCCUUUCCGUCUCACUGCCUCCAAGGAUAACUAGAAGACAACAGGAUUGCAGGUUCAGUCUGAGAGUAGAUUCAGUCAGUGAUUUAAACAGCUGAUUAUAAGGACAAGGGGAGUUCUUUAAGAACAUCUGUCACACGUGUCAAAGGAUUAACUUCAGUAUGAAAGUGGUAAAUAUGUAUUGGAUAUUACUAACAUUGUUGACUGUAACGUGAAUGUAUUUUUUCAUGUGUAUCUGAAAGAACUGAAGUGUUAUGAAUGUCUAAGCCCAAAGACUGCAAGGCAGUGAGAUAAUGAACAGAUAGAAAGCUGCCUGGCGGCGAUAUCACGCCCUCGCUCAUUUAAUAGGAACACAUGGAAACAAGCCAAAGUAUUUAUGCACCUGAAUGUGCCUAGGUAUUUUUUGACUUUCAUUUGACACCACCUAUUAAGAUUUAAAAAUGAGCAGCGUGAUUGCUCAUCAAAUCUCUUUUUUGUAAAGAAUUAUUGCUGUUUGAGUAUGUUUAAGUUAAAGAAGCAAAUUUAUUGUGACAGCAGAUACAUAUGAUCUGUAAAUAAGAGUUUUUGUUUGUUCUCAUGACCGUGCAUGAGCCUCUCCCCAUCUUCACUAGUCGACAGGUUAAUCUAUACAGAAAUAACGCAGAGACCUGAUAGAAUCAAAUAUUGUUGUUUAAAAUCUGUUGAAUACUUUUGUUUUUCUUAUAACAUCUGAUUGCAUAUUUUGUUUACUCCAAAGUCACCUUUAUGAAGCACUUUUGUCAACUUGUUAGAAAAAAAUGAAAGUGGAAAUAUAUUCUGUUUUUAUAUGUGAAGAAAUAAAGUGCAUCCUGACAGUAAUAAA